UCAACGAGCUAUAAAGGCAGCAUGUCAAUCAUGAUCCAACAACCAAGAAAUACUCAAAGCUUGUCUUGAUCUGCAUCAACAUGGUAACUUCUAGCUCUCUGAUCGCCGUCGGGCUAACCCUCUGGGCCUCGCUGGUCAGUGCGACCCCCGCCGACCCGCGGGUGACGGCUGCCCCUAAGCUCGAGGAUCUCGACAAACGCGCCACCAGCUGCACCUUUUCCGGCUCCGAGGGGGCUUCCUCUGCCAGCAAGUCCAAAACCUCGUGCUCCACCAUUGUUCUGUCCGAUGUGGCGGUCCCCUCGGGUACUACUUUGGACCUGACCGACUUGAACGAAGGCACUCAUGUCAUCUUCGAAGGCGAAACCACCUUUGGCUACGAGGAAUGGGAUGGACCUCUUGUUUCUGUCUCCGGAACUGACAUCACCGUCACCGGUGCUGAUGGCGCCUAUCUCAACGGCGACGGUAGUCGCUGGUGGGACGACGAGGGCAGUAAUGGCGGCAAGACGAAGCCGAAAUUCUUCUACGCCCACAACAUGAUCGACUCGACGAUCAGCGGCAUCUACAUCCAGAAUUCCCCGGUGCAGGUGUUCAGCAUCGACGACUCGUCGUACCUCACCCUGGAAGACAUCACCAUUGAUGACUCGGAUGGAGAUGACGCAGGGGCUGCCAAUACCGACGGCUUCGACAUCGGAUCCAGCACGUACAUUACCAUCACGGGCGCGAACGUGUAUAACCAGGAUGAUUGUGUGGCGGUGAACUCGGGCGAGAAUAUUUACUUUUCGGGCGGAGUUUGCUCCGGUGGACAUGGGCUGUCGAUUGGCUCGGUGGGUGGUCGUGAUGACAACACUGUGAAGAAUGUCACGUUUUACAACUCGGAGAUUAAGAGCUCGCAGAAUGGAGUCCGAAUCAAAACCAUCUACGGGGACACUGGCUCCGUCAGCGACAUCACCUACGAGAAGAUCACUCUGUCCGAGAUCACCAAGUACGGCAUUGUUGUGGAGCAGAAUUACGACGAUACCAGCAAAUCGCCGACCGACGGAAUCACCAUUGAGAACUUCAUCCUGGAUGGGGUCGAAGGCACAGUGGAGAGCUCGGGCACGAACAUCUACAUUGUCUGUGGAUCGGAUAGCUGCACAGACUGGACUUGGACCACUGUGGACAUCACUGGCGGCAAGACCAGCUCUGACUGCGAGAAUGUACCGGAUGAUAUCAGCUGUUAGACAGAGUCGGGUUCAGGAUCAUAGAUAAUUGAGGAGUGGUAUCUACUGUAUCUAACCGGGCAGAAUCCAUCCAUCCGCAGUGAUCCGGAUGAUUCACUACAUCCAAAUCGGGCAUGACAGCCUCUGCUCCAGCUCGACCGAGCACCACCUCGUAAUGGACCCUUGCCCCCUGUUGCCCGUUUUGGUUUUAUGGGCCCUGAAGUCCGGGUGGAUGAUUUGAUUGGUGGAAAAAGGUGCCUCACCGGUUCCAGCGCCACUGCAUGCUGAUGCCAGAUGCCACUGAUGCUGCUGCACAGCAACAUCGCUAUUGAUAC